GAAAUUUAUGAUUUAAUAGAAUAAUAAGAUGAUGAUGAUUAAGAAGAAGAAGAAGAUUAGAAGAUUUCGAGAAGAUAAAAGGAGUGAGUUAUUAAUACCAAAGAUUUUGACAGAAUUUUUCUCCAUCUCCUCGAAUGUAACCAGAAGUGUUCGUAUGAGCCAAGAACUAUUUUUACAGCGAAUAGACUUGCGAUCUUGUGUCUUCCUCUUUCGAAAUUAUCUUCAUCUUCUAUUAUCAUCUUCAUCCUCAUCUUUCUCUCAUUAACAUGUUGUUUCAUCUUCUCUCUCAACUCAUCCACUAAGAUGGAAGAAGAAAAAAAAACAUCGUAUUAACUGUUUCCUUUGAUUUCUUUUCGUGAUUCUUGUUGAUAGUUUUCGAGAUUUUUUUCUCUCGAAUUUCAAUUUCUUUUAAUAUCCAUCAAGUGAUCAAUUGUUAAUUGUUCCUGUGACCUGUCAUCUAGAUUUUGUGCCUGUGAGAGUUUUAAUUGGUUGAUUAUUGAUCAUCAUCAUGAUUACCCUUAAGUCAAGGGUUGUCACCCCUUCGGGUGAUAGUGGAAGUGGUAAUAAGUUCACCAGUGAUUAUUUGACCUCAUCAUCGUCUUCACCUUUCUCGAAUCGACUUUACUUUACUGGUGUUGGUCAACGUCCGACAAGUUCAACGUCUUUCUAUUCAAAGGGUCGCCUUUUGGCCUCAUCGUCGGUUGAAAGGCUUAACCGGUCAGAAAGUCCACCUCCGUCCGCUUUUCGAGGUGGAUCAAGUUGGGAUUUACGAAGUUCAUCUCCCAUGAGGCGAGUUAAACCUUCACCUCAUCGUAAUCCAUCAGUUGAUAGACUUCGAAGGCUUGACCAUCAUUCAAGUUACCGGUCAAUUUCUCGUGAUGAAUUAAAUUCAAUCGAUUCAACGGUUACCUCAGGUGCCACUGGACUUUCUAACCUUCAUCCUCCCUCAUCCUCGACAAUGGAAAGACGUAACAUGAUCUUAUCCAAUUUCCAUCGGAAUUUACCUCCGACCGGACUUUCGUCAACAUCUUCAACCUUCAUUGGUCAUCAUUCACACCAUGGUCAUCAUGGUAAUCACCCUAACCUUCAUCCUCGAAGUAAUUUUGCCGCCUCACGGAGCAAUUUGACCACAUCUUCAGCCUCACCUUCAAUCUCAACUCGUUCCCAUUGGCCAACAUCGGGAUUGGAGUUUUUCAGGCCCAGAAUCAGAGAUCGACCUUCGUUAGCGUCAAUCAAAACAACUUUAAAAGGUAAACAACUGAUUAAACCUUCAUCUGGAUCAUCUUCAUCUCGAUACAUUAGACCAACACCAUCGACAUCAUUGUCAACAACAACAUCAUCUCCAAGUGACGCAACUCUUUCUCGAUAUCGUCAUGUGAUCAAAUUUCGUGAAUUUCAUAUCGAUGAACCUUUGACCAAAAGGAAAGCUUCAAUUUCCUGGGAUCUUCCCUUGGAACCAAUCAGCUCAUCGUCAAGUUACAAUUCAAAAUCAAGUGGAAAUUCACAGAAUUCACCACAUUCACCAACCUCUCGACAAUCAACCCCAGAAAUAGAUCAAAGGAAAACACCAGAUGAUAAUAAGUCUAAACUGUCAUCUUCAUCUUCCUCAUCAUCACCUUCCCAACCCUUAAUCGAAAGGAAAAAUUCAGUUUCCCGUUCACUUGACGAUCGAUCAUGUAAACUUAAAAUUCCCAAAUUAGAGAUAACUCCUGAUUCACUUUCAGGUCAAUUAUCAUCACCCGAUGUAAUUGAAUUACCCAAACCAGUAAGUCCGCUUCGAGUUCACUUUGAAGUGUCAAUUUCCCGUCUUGAAUUUAUUCCCGUUCCCAAUGAUCAACCAAACCAAGAAGCAAAUUCAUUUGAGGUUAAUGUGAUUAUCCCUCUCAAAUCUAAAUCCAAAUCUCCAGAUCCUUCGAUGCCAAAAUCCCAAUUAGUUGAUUGUAAUAAAUCAAUUUUAACAAACCAACUAAACCAAAAUAUUGUUAACAAAUCGAUAUCUCCUAAAAUAACUUGUUCCCCACCACAAACACCGCAAACACCACCAACAACAACACUUUCCACUCCAUCAUCUUCCCGAAUGGUUCCUCUACCUCCUUCACACUCUCUGUCAAUUUCCCCCAAAAAUGAGAAUGAUAAAGUGAUCACUACACUUGCACCUUCUCCACCACCACCACCGACAAUAACCUCAUCUUCCUCUUCUUCUUCUUCUUCUUCCUCCUCUUUACCCCCUCUCAAGCUUCCCAAAGGUCGAACCAAACCUCCAAGUGACAAAGAUCGUCCACCAACCUCACGUCCCUUGGCGGGUAAACAAAACUAUCACAGGAAACCAUCUUCUCCUGAUCCAACCCGCUCCUCACCAGUCGAUUCCCCAAUCUCAUCUCGACCACCUUCACCUUCACCCACCUUCAUAUCAACCAUAGAGGAAAAAAGUCGUAAAAUUUUAUCCAAAUCGAAAUCAGGUUCAACAAGCCCAAACCUAACGGGAUCGAUAACAAAUCUAAAUACAACCAACAGUAAACUUCAACCAAACGAAUUGAAAAUCAACAAUAGCUCAUCACAAGCAUCAUCUUCACCAUCAUCGACAACUUCAUCAGUACGAAGUGUUGUCAGUCCACGACAAGAGUUAAAACUGUCAAAGGGAAUAACUAAUUCCAGUUCAUCUGGAGUAAACUUGUCAUCCAACAAUUCAUCACCAUCCAAACUAUCUCCAUCAUCUUCAGUAACAGGAACAACAACAACAACAACAACAUCACCAUCAACCUCAACCUCAACAUCCACAACAAAAACACCGAUAUCUUGCCAUUCAUCAUCUCAAGUAACUUUUCCCUGUGAAACUGAAGCCAAGAGCAAAGGCCUCAUCCUUAAAAUCAGCAAGGAAACUGAAGAGACUAAAAAAAGAUCGUUAACACCCAAUCAACCUAACAAUAGAUCGUCAAGUCCUAAUUUACCAUUGGCUUCAUCCUCUUCUCCAUCAACACCACCACCACAAUCACAACCACAAACUUUAAAUCAGGUUAAUUCAGUUGGAUCUGAUUCAUCAAAGGUUGAACCAACUCACAAGAAAAUGAGUCCACCAUCAACACCACCAGUAACUUGCCGUUCAUCACCCAUGGUAAAAACAUCAACAGAUGAAGUGAAAUUAAGUCUCAAUCUACCAAUUGCCUCUAAAAGUUCAAGUAUCUCACCUAAAUCAACAUCACCAGUUAACAUGAAUCCAACAAUUAACUCAAAAUUAACCAAGAAUCAAGUCAAUUCUAAAUCAACUUCUUGUCCACCAACACCAACUGAAACUUUACCUUCUUAUGUGGUCAAGGUGAAAACCUCAUCAACUGGACCUAAGGGAAUGACUGGUGAUAAACAAUCAAUUUUACCAAAAAGUAAUAAAAUUAAAUCAACUACAAUUAAAGGGUCAACAGAUAAGGUUAAUUCAAUUGCCAAUGAAAGUUUAAUUUCAUCUGAUCAUUUACCUGGAUCACCAUCAUCGUCCACAGUUAAUCCAGUUAAAUUGGUUAAAAAAUCAUCAACUGAUUCUGCUCAAUCAACAAUUAAGCAACAAUCAAGUGGGUCUAGAAGUCCAUCAAUUAAUCUAAUUGAAAAGAAAAUGGAUCCUAAAUCAUCAAAGAAAAGUACAACUUGUGAACUUGAUAAAAGUAAUCAAAGUAAAUCACAAUCAAAGGAAAACAAUCAAGAAGCAACAAUCAAAGAAGCCGAAAAAUUAAACAAAUCAAUUAAUAAAAUCAACGAGAAGGUGAAAAUUGUUGAACAAUUAAAAUCUACAAUUGAAUCAGUUGAUAAAUCAAGAGAUGAGGUUAAAGUUGACAAAUUGAUGAAAAUGUCAAAGAAAUUGAGUGUCAAAGGUAAACCAGAAGACUCCAAGGUGAAAGAUGAAACAAUUAAGCAACAAUUAAAUGGAACAAUCAACAAUCAAGACUCUAAACCAGACAAGAAUCAAAUUAAUCAACAAAAUGCUACAAAAAAUGAUGCUGAUCGAAUCACUAAAUUGCUGGUUAAUGGCGGAAAUUCAGAGGAACCAAGUUUAAUCGAAGAUCAGAAAAAGGAGCGGAAACGAAUUCGAUUCCGGACUUAUACUAUGGACGAUUUCGAGUUACGAAAAGUUCUUGGCCGAGGAAGUUUUGGAAAAGUUUAUCUCGCACAAUUAAAAGAUCAUCAUGACGUUUUCUUUGCAAUUAAGUUCCUCAAGAAACACGUUGUCAUCGAAGACGAUGAUCUCGAAAGCAUUAUGGUCGAGCGAAAGGUUCUAGCGCUCGGGGUCAAGCACCCGUUCAUUUGUAAAUUAUUUUGUACAUUUCAAACUCGAGGAAUGGUUUGUUUUGUGAUGGAGUUUUUAGCCGGAGGGGAUUUAAUGUUCCAUGUUCAAAGUUGUGGACGAUUUCCUGAAGACAGAGCAAGGUUUUAUGCCGCUGAAAUUGUUUCCGCUCUCAACUUUUUGCACAGUCGUUAUAUUAUCUACAGAGACCUUAAAUUGGACAAUAUUUUACUAGAUUCUGAAGGUCACAUACGAUUAGUCGACUUCGGGAUGUGCCAAUGUCACAUAUGGAAAGAGGAAUGUCUUCCGUCCAAUUUUUGUGGAACUCCUGAAUAUAUGGCCCCUGAGAUAAUUAAAGGUGUCCAGUAUAAUCAAGCAGUCGAUUGGUGGUCAUUUGGUGUAUUACUUUACGAAAUGAUCGUCGGCGAUUCGCCGUUCAAAGCAACCGACGAAGAUGAACUUUUAUGGAACGUUUGUUAUGAGAAAGUUCGUAUUCCUCUUUUCGUUAGUUCGAAUGCUCAAAGUAUUAUUCUAAACUUAUUAGAACACGAUCCUGCUGAGAGACUGGGAAUGCCGACCAGUUCUAAAGGUGAUAUAAGGAGUCAAAAAUUUUUCGAAACAAUUAAUUGGGAUGCAAUUAAUUCCGGCAAAAUUAAGCCUCCCUUUUUACCCACUCUGAAACAUUCAUCUGAUACUUGCUACUUUGAUCGGGAAUUCACCGAAAUGAGGCCAGUUCUAACCCCGAUCGAUGAUUAUACCGUUGAAAGUGUGGACCAUGAAUUGUUUUUCGGAUUUGAUUACACUAAUCCAAAUAUGACCGAUUAAUUAUUGUUCAAGUUUUCGAGUUCCAAACACAAUCAAAUGGAUUAAUUAAAAAGAAUUUUAAUUUUCUCAAUAAACUUAAUCAACUCAUAUAUUAUAUAAUUAACCAACAAUAUACAUAUAAAUAAAUAUUUAAAUUCUUAAUAUUUAACCACUUA